AUGGGAAACUAUGCAAGGCGCAAUGAAGGGAGCGACAGUUACCUCAUGAACCAGCAAAUUUCCGUUCCGGCAACCUACAGUCAUUCAAGCAGUCACGACUUUAGCACCACAGGAUCUGGCUCAUACCACUAUCCCCAACAUUCAUUCAAUCCCUAUGGAUCUCAAUUCGGCCCAUCCUAUGGGCAGAGCUCGAGUCUCUCCAAUGGGAUGCACCAAUUGCAAUAUACGUCGGAUAAUGCGAUCCCUUCAAUGUCUACCUCGGAAGAUAUGAGGAUGCAUCAUUCAUCUUCGCAAUACAUUCCACAGCCACGAUACUUGCAGUCUCCCCGGUAUCUACCUCUUCGGGACCAUCUUGGUGAAACCGAGAUUGAGGACCAAGAGUCUCGUAACGAUGGUUCGAUGAUUUCGGAACCCGUGCUACCUCCACUAGAUGGGUUCCCCGAUGUCAAGGAGUUCGACCAAUUGAUGUGCAGCUAUGUCAACGAACUAUCGUCCAAGAAACAGGACAAGGCAUUAAUUCACGCUACAAGAGCGCGGAAUAUCAAGAACGUCUUGAUGGAACCAAAGGACACAGCAAUUGAGACCGCUCAAUUCCGUUUCUGGGUGAAAAAGAUGUUCAAACUGCAAAGCGUCGGUGCUGGAACAGCUGAUUGUCGUAAAAUGAUCUGUCAUGAAGGCAAGCCUGUUGCAAUCCGUGAGAAGCUAUUCAAGAUUCUCACCAAGGCACACCAUCAAUGCCAACACGGUGGACGUGACAAGACCUCUGCUCAAGUUCGACGCAUCUAUUCCUGGGUUCCCAAGGAACUUAUCUCCCGAUUUGUGAAAAGCUGUCCAACAUGCCAAGUGCGUCGUGGAGGAUCUCGACUCACCCCACCGAAUUCUCGACGAGGAUCUCCUCGUCUAGAUAUGAUGGCUCGAUCCCCUAAACUCCCAUCCCCACCAAUCUCAAGACGGGAAUCGACCUUCGGGGGACAAGUAAGCAUUGAUCGGCCUCAACCCGAUUAUUUCACUCAGUUGCAUGGGCAUGGUGGAUGGGUUGAAAAUCAUCAGAAUAUGCAACCCCGAGCCGCAUCUGGCCUGGGUGCUGGGGUCCGAUCUUCUCAUGGGACUAUGGGAAAUAUCUCCCACUCGAUAGCAGGUACUAUGGAUCCGUUUUCCGCCGACCUUUCUGUCUCAAGCUCGCAACUUGGGUAUUCGGCUGCUGGCUAUGUUCCAACAUACGGAGCUCCUCCUCCGCGGGACUAUUGA